CUUUCACGUUAUGUUUACAUUUUUGCUUUUCAACAGUUGGUAGCGCUGCAGUUGGUCUCUUCUCUCUUUUUAUAAAUCGCUCUUUCUUAUUUUGUUUUGAACUUGUUUCCAACACUUUGACAGUUCUGAUUGGAAUGAAGCUUUAUAAAGUUACUAUUUUUCUUCUGAAUAAAUAAAAAUAAACAAAUUGUUACCAAUUAAAAGUUGGUUUCCAAUUAUCACUGCAAUGGCUCAGCACAAAUGUACGCGCUGGGCCGUCGAUUUGGCUAGCUGGUCACCAACACUACCGCAGUUAGCGCAGGCGGUCGCUGUCAUCCAAGCUGAGGAACGUGGCCGGCUGCAGAAGUUCUUUUACAUUGAUGAUUUUCUUUCAUCACUGGUGGGGCGUUUGUUGAUGCGAAAAUACGUCAGUGUCCAAAGUGGCAUGGAUUAUAAAGAAGUGCAAUUUGCACGCGAUGUGCGUGGAAAACCUUAUUGGACACAAGCCGCAAACGAAUGCCCCAAUCAAAUGAGCUUCAAUGUAUCGCAUCAGGGAAAUUUUGUGUUGUUUGCGGGCGUUUCGAUGGACACCAAAGUGAAAGUAGCUGAACCUACUACAUUUGGCGUUGGUGUUGAUGUGAUGAAGAUUGAAUAUAGCGGUGGGAAGUCUCUUUCGGAAUUCUUUCGUAUAAUGCAGCGCAAAUUCUCGGACAGCGAAUGGCGUUACAUACGCCGCCCACACCACAAUGAGUUCGAUCAAGUGCAAGCGUUUAUGCGUCAUUGGUGUUUAAAGGAGGCUUAUGUCAAAGAACUUGGCGUUGGCAUAACAAUUGAUUUACAAAAAAUUAGCUUCAAAGUGGAUACUUCGCGAGAACUCAGUGUUGCGGAAUCGCCGUUGACAGGCACAACUUUGCGUUGUAAUGACAUGCUUAUGCAUGACUGGCACUUUGAGGAACACUUGCUGCAUCCAAAGUAUUGUGCAGCUAUCGCAUUUAGAAAUUGCAAGCCAGAGGAGGGGAAAUUCGAGCUACUGAAAAUGGAUCAACUCUUGGUUGAGACGGAAAGCGCAACAAGCAUCGAGGUAGUGCAGUACUGUAGGGAGGCAUUAAGAAAGGAACGAAGAAAGAGCUGAGGAGUUACAUAUGAUUUGAGGCGAAUUAAUUUUAAACAGAAUUGGGAGGACAAAUUUAAAAAUAUGUAUAAUUGUAGUAUAAAAUGUAUAUAUAUUUAAUCCCAGAAGGUAAUUUAGGUAGGCAUUCUUAAGUAAAGCCAUUCUCAGAGGCCUACCCAAGAAGGGCUGAAAAAAGUGCUUCCUUGCAUGCCCUUUAGAAGGGCUUUCUCAUUUACAUUUUACGCGAAUUUCAAUAAACAUUUUGAGUUGCAAUAACACAUGUUUGAUAUAAACCGCAAGCAAAACUACUUCACAGAUGUAUGAUUUUUAUAAAUUGAAGAAGCAACUUUAAAAGAACUCGCGCAAAAGCCCUUCUGAAGCAUGUCCUA